AUGGGAGGGACUCAGGUCGAUGAAGUUGCCUUUGAUCAAAUGACGCAAGAAUAUGGAACGAUUGAAACUUGGUGCACUUCUCAAUUGACCAAUUUCUCGUCCGUCUUUUCCGUGGCAGCUCAUCCCGCCGAGCUUACACCCGCCAUCAAGGCAUUCAGUCAAAAUUUGGGUGGAUGGGAUACUUCAGCAGCCACCGACAUGUCAUUUAUGUUUUUUGGUGCCGAAGCCUUCAAUACCAACAUUGUUUUGUGGCAAACGUCUCAAGUCACCAACUUUGAAUCCAUGUUUGCCGAAGCCAAGGCCUUUAAUCAGCCCGUUGGGACUUGGAACAUGGAGGCCGCGCAAAAUGUAAAGGAAAUGUUUCGAGGGGCCGAGGCCUUUAAUCAAAAUUUGAAUGGAUGGAAUACUCCCAUGUUGUUGGAGUUGGCGGGCAUCUUUAACGAUGCCAAGGCAUUCAAUGGAGACAUUUCGUCGUGGGAUGUCAGUCAGGUCAAAGACUUUUCGACCGUCUUUCAAGGGGCUACCAAUUUCAAUUCCAACAUUGCCAAUUGGCAAACGAGCAAUGCCCUCAAUUUUGCACGAUUGUUCAUGCAAGCGUCGACCUUUAAUCAAGAUAUUUCCAGUUGGCAGACUGGACAAGUCACCGACUUUUUGCAUAUUUUUGAUGACGCCACUAGCUUCAAUCAACCCAUUGGCAAUUGGGAUACCGGAUCGGUCACCAACAUGGCCAAUGCCUUUCGGGGUGCUUCGUCCUUCAAUCAAGAUGUCAGUGGCUGGGACAUGUCACAAGUGAGCAAACAUGACAAAAUGUUCAUGGACGCCAUCUCCUUCAAUCAAGAUUUGUGUGCCUGGGCAGAUGUCUUUCAAUAUUCCGAAGUGGGAAACUUGUUUACCAACACGGCCUGUGUUUUUACGGAGGAUCCAGAGGCUGACGUGAUGGGACCAUUUUGCAAGGAAGGUUGUUCCAAUAUGGUUGGACCGGGGCCGGAUUUUGCCGAUCCUCCAAUCACUUCUCCACCAGUCGGUGUUCCAGUCGAUGGGGAACCCGGCAUUGGUGGCGGCGUUGGCGGGGCUCCAACCAGAUUUCCCACACCGCCACCCACUCCGGCAGGAGGAUCAGCAGUUGGCGGUCCUUCGAGAUUCCCAACCCUACCACCCAAUUCCUUAUUUGCUCCCACACCGCAAUAUGCUACCAUCAAGAAGCGAGAACCCAUGGACGAUCAAACCAAGGCUUUGAUCUUUGGGAUUGGCGGGGCUGUUAUUCUGGCAAUUGUGGCUUUGAGUACGGCCUGUUGUGGGGAACCGGCGGGAUCCAAACAGUAUGAAAUGGAAAUGGGAGACAUGGCUCCGGCGGAUCCCAAUGCCUUACCAGCAGAUCAAGAGUAUUAUGGCGAGGAAGAAGAUGGUGGUCAUUCUGGAGAUUAUGGUGGUGAUGAUGAUGGUGAUGAUGAUUAUUCACAAGAAUCGGAUGGGAGUCCAGAAUUGGUAUAA